AUGGCGGAGGAGGCGGUGGUUGCCCGGGCCGCGGGCCAGCCGACGUACAAGGAGCUGAAGGCGCAGCGCCCCAGGCGCGAGAAGGAGACGAAGAGGGCCUACAGCGUCAGGAUGGCAAAGCUGCGGGCCGAGACGAGGACGCGUCUGGAGUACAUCGUAAAGUUGAUCGACACCUGCCGCAGGGACCCAGGUGGGCACGGGUCCUUUCUCCGCCACUCUGGUUCGGCUCAGCCAGAUCCGCGGGUAGCGCGUCGUCAGGGCCUCCCCCCGCUGACCUUGCCGGAGCAGGGGCCUUUCCAGGUGGUGAAGAAUAUGUUCGAGAGCGGCAGGGCGCUCGACCACGACGUCGAGCUGAUCUACAGGGGGCGCGGCGAAGGUCUCGAGUGGGUCAUCAUCUGCGGGCUCAACUUCGAGGCUGGGGGGCGGGAGGGCGGAUCUCCCGCGCCCCGGCCUCGAUUGGCCAGCCUUGCCCAGCGGGCCGCUUGGGGCCUCAUUGGCGAGGCCGCGGCCUACUACUGCAGGGGGCCGCUCGCCGUGCAUGAGGAGCUGGACUGGGGCAAGGUCGCGCAGGCAAAGGCGCCCGCCUUUAACGGGCAGGAGGUCGAGCGAGGCUGCCCAUUGGUGCUGGGCAGGCCCCUCCCGGGGGUGCCUGCAGCAGGGCUUGUGGGGCCUGCCAGCGCCCUGGACCUCGAGGGUCCGCGCGCGCUGAAGUGGCUCCUGGGCCCGACGACCCUGCUGAAGCCCCCUUCAGAGUGGCCGACGGAGGUGCCGAGGGCGUCAGUGCUGGUAGCGAGCGACGAGGAGGAGUACUGCAUCUGCGAGCACCUCGUCCGAAUAGGAAUCUUCGAGCAAAUCGAGGAGGAGGCCAUCUUCAGCAUCGACGGGGCGCCCGGUCGGGCAGGGGCGUUCGCCGUCGUUAAGAAGGGGGCCCCCGCGACGGGCCUCUCGAAGGUCACGCGCCAAAUCAUCUACACCGUACACCAGAACGCUUACCAGCGCAUCGCCGAGACCGACCUGGACAGCCUGACGCCGAGCUCGUCGUGGACGGGCUUCGUCCUGUGCGAGAGGCAGGCGCUCUCGUGGUCGUCGGAUGACCAGUCAGGCGCCUUAAACUUGUACUCGCUGCCGCCGCAGUGGUGUGGCUACAUGGCGGUGCGGAAGCAGGUGCCUGGCGCCCGUGUAGGCAGGCCCGACCUCAAGUGGGUCCGUAAGUCCGGUGCCGUGAUCCUGAUGGGAUGGUUAUCUGCGGUCGGCCUGCACCGGCACCUCGAUCGCCGGCUGGGCAUCGGAGACGGGCCGCGCAGCGCCGGGUUCGCGGAGUCCAGCGAGUGGAGGCGCAACCAGCCGCUUCCGCUGUUCUCACGGAAGCUGCAGCAGGCUUCGGCUCAGCGCUACCUGGAUGACUUCGACGCGCCCGAGGUUGCGCCCGAGAGCGUCGCCAUCAUGAUCGAGGACACGAUCGGAGAGUACCAGCUCAGGCAGCGAGAGGUCUGGGCCGUCCCUGAGCUCAGAGCGGCAACCGCUAGUGCGGUGAAGGCGCUCGUAAAGCCGUUUGAGCUGCCAGCUGAGGCGCGCGCUGGGCUGCUCGCAGAGGAGAGCCUCCUGCCGCUGGGCUACGCCGACAUGCAUGCGGGCAGCGCUCGACGCGGUUUCGCUGGCCACCGACGCGGGCGGUGCGGCAGGAGUGGGCUAGCUACCCUGCCGACCGUCGUGUCCUUUGACCUCUUCGGCGGGAUUGAAGCCUCCAUGGUGGCGCUGUCGAGGCGCCCGUGCCGCGUUGUCAUGUACGUGUCGUCGGAGAUUGACAAGGCGGCGAAGCGUCGCAUGCAGCAGAGGUGGCCCGGAGUGAUCGAACUUGGCGACAUCACCAAGAUCACGUUUGAGGCCUUGGCUCAGCUGGGCUGCUCGGGGAGCCAGGUGGCCUCCUUCGCCGUCAUCGCGGCGGGGUCGCCGUGCGUCGACCCGAGCGGGCUGAACGUUGCAGGGAAGGGGCUCCCCGGCAGCAAGAGCGGACUGUUCUUUGAGCUGCCGCGGGCCUUCAUGGCGAUAGAGCAGGCGUUCGAGAUCGAGCGCGCGCGCUGGCUUGUGGGGGGCGUUGCUGGGAUGCGCUCGGAAGAUGUGGCAGUGUUCUCACAGCAGCUGGGGGCCAACCCGUAUAGGAUCGAAGCGAUGGUCGUGGGCCUGGUGAGGAGGCCUCCGCUUUACUGGCUAUCGUGGGCCUUGCAGGCACGCGCUGGGGUGAAUGACAUCACUGACGAGAAGAAGUACUUCAAGAUCAAGCUGCGCGCGUCGCCGUCCGACUUUCCUGCCGGGGCUGAGGACGGCUGGGGCCUGCCCGAGCCCAAGC